CCAGCCGCUCUGCGUCCGGGUAUUAAUCAGCCAGAAACUCAGGAGACACAGACAAGUUCUUCCACAAUGUCGUACAGACGAGAACUAGAGAAAUACCGUGACCUGGAUGAAGAUGAAAUCCUUGGAGCCCUCACAGAGGAAGAGCUCAGGACUCUGGAAAAUGAGCUGGAUGAGCUGGACCCUGAUAAUGCACUGCUGCCUGCAGGCCUGAGGCAGAAGGAUCAGACCACCAAGGCGCCCACGGGCCCCUUUAAAAGAGAGGAGCUCUUGGAUCACUUGGAAAAGCAAGCAAAGGAGUUUAAGGACCGAGAAGAUCUGGUCCCCUACACAGGGGAGAAACGAGGAAAGGUCUGGGUUCCUAAGCAGAAGCCAAUGGAUCCUGUGCUGGAAAGUGUGACGCUGGAACCGGAGCUGGAGGAAGCCUUGGCAAAUGCUUCGGAUGCAGAACUCUGUGACAUUGCAGCGAUCCUGGGCAUGCACACGCUCAUGAGCAACCAGCAGUACUACCAGGCCCUGAGCAGCAGCUCCAUCAUGAACAAGGAAGGGCUCAACAGCGUGAUUAAACCCACACAAUACAAGCCUGUGCCCGACGAAGAACCAAAUUCAACAGACGUAGAGGAAACGCUGGAACGGAUAAAGAACAACGACCCAAAACUUGAAGAAGUUAACCUCAAUAAUAUCCGGAAUAUCCCCAUCCCCACCCUCAAGGCAUAUGCAGAAGCCCUGAAAGAAAACUCAUAUGUGAAGAAGUUCAGCAUCGUGGGGACGCGGAGUAAUGACCCUGUGGCGUAUGCCCUUGCUGAGAUGCUGAAGGAGAACAAGGUGUUGAAGACACUGAACGUGGAAUCCAACUUCAUUUCUGGAGCUGGGAUCCUGCGCCUGGUGGAAGCCCUCCCAUACAACACUUCUCUGGUGGAACUGAAAAUUGACAACCAGAGCCAGCCCCUGGGCAACAAAGUGGAAAUGGAGAUCGUGAGCAUGUUGGAAAAAAACGCAACGCUUCUCAAAUUCGGCUACCACUUUACCCAGCAGGGACCCCGGCUUCGGGCAUCCAACGCAAUGAUGAACAACAAUGACCUUGUGAGGAAGAGGAGGCUUGCGGACCUGACUGGGCCCAUCAUUCCCAAGUGCCGGAGUGGUGUCUAGUGUGUGGCGGUGGAGACCAUGCCUUUGAACUGGACGUGUUCUAUUGAUGACUUGUACUCUGCAGGGGAAACCAGAAGGCAAAAUGCCAGCAGCACGAAACCCUUUUGUGGUUCAGUUCUUUAUGCACUAAGGUUUUAGGCUGACUAGUGGUUGUAGUUGAAAAUUUUAUAAAAUAUCGUUAAUGUGAAGUUUUUCUUUAGUCACAGAAGUUGAGUCUGGUUAUUAUUUAAAAACUAGAAGCCCCCAAACCAGCAGAUCUUACUGAAGAUGAUGUUCCAGCAGCAGCGACUUAGCCCCAGGAGCCCAGUUUCAAUGGCCUUGCUGUGUGGUGUUUCAAGUGCAUUUAAAAUGUGUGACAGAAACAGCACACUCUUCCACAUGCUUUUGAAGUAUUAUAAAACACUUUAUUACAAAUUUGUCUUAGCUAUUAGCAAAUAAAACAGAUUAUCAUUCUUUAUUAACCCUCCUUGGAAUUUUAAAAACCUCAAGAUUAAAGUUGCCAAAUUGAUUAC